AUGGCGAAUCUUCAAACAUAUCUCCAAGAGCUUGAGAGGGACUUCACGGUUGAUACCGCAAAGCUCAAGCAUAUCACCAACCACUUCAUCGAUGAGUUAGAUAAAGGAUUGAGUGUCAAGGGAGGCAGCAUUCCAAUGAACCCAACUUGGGUGAUGCAACAACCAACCGGCAACGAAACAGGAAAAUAUCUCGUGCUAGAUCUCGGCGGCACAAACCUCAGAGUCUUCUCCGUCGAACUCUCCGAAGAAAAGUCAGGCUUCAAAGUCAACCAAGUCACGCACAAGCUCCCCAAACAAUUGAGAACAGGACCUGCUGAAAGGCUUUGGGAUUUUGUCGCUGGACAUCUCGAGGAAUUCCUUAAAACAGCUGAUUUUGAGGCUGGAACAAACACCGACUUGAGCUUCAUCUUUUCGUUUCCUACAACGCAGCGAACUAUUGAUGAAGGGAUUCUUCAGAGGUGGACGAAGGGGUUUGAUGUUGCUGAUUGUGAAGGUCGCGAUGUAGCGGCGUCGUUGAGGCAUGCUAUCGCGAAAAGGAGUCAGAAACUCCCCCUCAAGGUCCGAGUCGUGACAAACGACACAACCGCCACGAUGAUGGCCUCAGCAUACAUCAACUCCGAGACAGCCAUCGGCUGCGUUUUCGGCACAGGCUGCAACGGUGCCUACUUCGAGAGAUGUCAAUGCAUCCCCAAGCUCGACAUGGAGGGUCUUCCCGCCGAAGCACUCAUGGCGAUUAAUUGCGAAUGGGGUGCUUUUGACAACGAGCAUGUUGUGUUACCGCUAACGUCUUUUGACAUCGCUAUUGAUGAUGCGUCGCCGAGGAAGGGCCAGCAGGCGUUUGAGAAGAUGGUGGCGGGGCUGUAUCUGGGGGAGUUGUUUCGGUUGAUUAUGCUUGAUGUUAAGAAGAGGGAUGAUACGUUUUGGGAGGGACAGAGUUUGGAGAAGAUGCAGGAGCCGUAUUUUAUGGACUCGUCGUUUUUGUCGGCGAUUGAAGAGGACACGUCAAAAGAUUUCAAGACGUCACAUGACUUGUCUGUCGCGAAGCUUGGGGUAUCUCCAAGCUUAGAAGAGCUCGAGUUCAUGAGAAAGGUUGCAACACUAAUCACAACCCGCGCAGCGCGUCUCUCAUCAACAGGUGUAGCAGCGAUAUGCUUGAAGAGAAAUCUCAAGACAUGUCACGUGGGUGUUGAAGGAUCUUUGUUUGAGAAGCAUCCUCAUUUUAAGCGAGAACUAUCUGAGGCUCUGGGUGAGAUUCUUGGUUGGCAGAAGUUGCCGUCUACUGGCAAGGAUAGUGUUGAGUUUAUGCUGUCGCCUGGAAGCGGUGUGGGUGCAGCCGUUAUCGCGUCAACUCUUACGAAGAGCAAGCACGAGAUUUGA